AAUUUCCGGUCGAGGAAAAUUUGGUAGAUUUUUAUUGACAGAACAGUAGUUCCAUUUCCUCGAAAUGAGAUUCAUUUUAUAUUAUUAUUUGAUUAGGCAUAAAUCUUCAUAGAAAAUGGGAAAUUCUUUAAGUGAUAGUGAUGAUGAGGGAAAAGUCGAGGCACCUAUAGAUGCAGAUGAUGAAGUUUCAGAUGGAGAUGAUGCAAGUGAAAGUGAGACAAGGCCAACAACAGAUUUAUGUCAUCUCUUCAGUGAUAAUGCAACAUUGCGUGCCACAGCUACUAAAGUCAAGGAAAAGAUACCAGAAAAUGUCAUCCUGCAGCACAACUCUCACAUCAUGCAGUGGCUGGAAGCCAGGCUUGAAAGAAUGGAUGACAGUAUCACACUUGCUCAGUUUUGUGACAUGCUAAUGAACCAAGGAGUAGAACGUUGUGAGGCUCUUAAAGCAUUCCAUCAAUUUGACUGUGAUGGCAGUGGGGUGGCAGAUGUGCAGACCAUGAUAGAAGCAAUGAGCCAGUUUUCUAGCCGCAGUGCCCUGGGUGAGCUUGGCAAGUCAAUCAGAAUUCUCCAAUCAUGUUCCCUCACCCCUGGGUUUGUGGACGUCUACGCAGGGACUACACAUCAUGUAGAUAAACACGGUGCUCGUAUUCUUAAGUAUUUAUUAAGAAACCGAGCAGAAAGCACAUCUCUUCCAUUUCCAUAUCUAAAUAGUUUUAACAAUGUAUACAUCAUGAGGUCAUCAGUACUGAAAUCCUUGCUCAAUGCAACAAAAGAAGAAGUGAAAGAUUUUGAGGUUGAAAGUGAACUGAGUGAAGUAGAAAAACGCACAAUCUACAACUGUAUAAGCAACAUCGAGGUAUCAUCAAAUCACUCAGAGGCUCAUCUAUUAAGAAGCAAUUCAACAUUUUGGCAAUCUGAUGGGGCAGCAAGGUCACAUUGGAUAAGACUCCAUAUCAAGAAUAAUAUUAUGUUAAAGCACUUGUCUAUUGGAGUGGUAUCAACUGACCAGAGUUAUAUGCCUGAACUGGUCACCAUUUCUGUUGGUCAGUCACCCAAUAAGCUGAGAGAAAUCAAAGAAAUUAAAAUUGAAAACCAUAUAACAGGCAGAGUUUUGCUGUUGAAGAACAUGAAGGUGCACUAUGCAUACAUUCAAAUCAAUAUAAAACGUUGCCAUGGAGAUGGGUGUGAUACAAGAAUACAUGGGGUCAGGGCUGUAGGGUUCAAGUUGGUGAAGGAACAAGGGGUGACAACUGUGUUAGAUGCCUCAGCAUUAUGGUACCUUCAAGUGUUGACAACUACUAUAUCACUGAACCUGCCACAAUCUCCAGCACUAAGGACAACUCUCUUAGCACAUACAAAAAAAUCCCUGGAGUCGAUGCCUCCACUUAUCCUGAGCUCUUCCAGCACAGAAAAACCAGCAUUUUUAAGCAGAUCAGUUUUACAAGAGAUAGAAAACUUUGCUGAGAAGUUGGCUCAAAGCCCAGAUUCACCAGACCAGCUGACAGUUGAGGGGCUUCAAGUUAUCUUAGCAUUAAACUUGGCCAGGGGUAGUGUUGCAGGACUUGUCAGGUUUUUGAACAAGAUUGUUGAAAUUCCCAGUUUAAAACUUCCCUGUGUAGAUCUACUAGCUAAAGCAGUUGCUGCUAGAAAUAGUUGUUGGGAGAAGUUGGGUGCUUAUAUCCCUGUGACAUAUUUGGCCUCUGAUGGUGGAUCAGGUUCUUCAAAUGUUGGACCGGAUGCUGUGGUUGAAUCACGUCCAGCGUCCAACACGAGGAGUCAGGUGUCCAUUAACACAAGAGUGUACCUAACAGAGAAUGGGAAAACCAAAUGUACCAUGAUCUUUAAAGCUGAAGAAAAUAUUCAACUAACAAAAGUCAGAAUUCAGGUAGCCUCAGGGAACAAAGGCCCAAAGUAUGGGCUUAUUUUUGUUUACAACCCAGAAUCAGUGUCAGAGCUGAGCCCGAAGUUUGAUGCAGAGGAACACAUCAACUACUUUUCUAAAUAUGAUUUCUGGAGGGAAAAGGAAUUUGAAUUUAGUAUAUCAUACAGAAAUGCUGGUCUUGGUGGAUUAGCAGACAACCCUGUUUGUUUCUUUCAAGUAGACAAUGAUUGUGAUGAAGUUGAUGCCCCUGUUCUUUGGAAUGCUGUAGGAAAGUACAUCCUAGUGAAAUUCCUGGAACCCAGGCAUGAGUCAGCCACAAAACUUGGCAUUGUGUCCAUCAAGUUCUAUGGCCUCACCAAGAAUCUUAUCCUGGACACUAAGUCAUUGAAAUCUGUGGCUGUACCAGACCCAUCCAAGAGACAGAUCUGUGAAAUUCCUGAGGUUGUCAGUGUGGUCUCAACAUUCACCACGGACAUUGCCACAGAACAGGUGAAGAAAAGAGGGCGUGUUGUAAAGCCUCAGUUUGAAUUUCUGGAUUUGUCUGACCUGGAUGUCAGCCAGUUAUGGAACUUGUACACAGUUUGUGAAAAAAGAAUGUUCGAAGAGACAGGUGGUGGUAAAAAUUAUGACCACUGGAAUCGGUCAUCUCUGUUGGUUCUUCAGUUAAUCCAUGGCCUGAUUCCUGUGUUGGCCACAAGUAGAGGGACCAGUGAGUCAAGCAGAGACAGCCUAUUCCAGCGCUUGUGUAACAUUGUCAACUCAGAAACUGUCACAGGCUCCGACCCCUCCAGCAUUCACACACAAAACAAACUCAGGUUGAUGAAGCAGAUCAUCAUAGAUGGUGCACCUCUCUUCUUUCCUGAGAAGUCGAAGAAAAGAGUUGAAUUGUUUAAACUGCUUAAAUCUGUCACAGACCAGUCCAGCAUGCCUAGUAUGUCUUUGGUCUUUCAGUCACUUUGCCAGUUCUUCAGCUCUGUUGACCCCAAGGGUCUCCUGGAGCUGCCCAACAACCCAACUGAUGACUUUUCUUCUUCUGGCACAUUAGACAUGAUGAAAAAUUUACUGAUGGUGGCAGGUCAAGAGAUCCAGGACAUGACCACUGAGAAAGUAGGACCUAGUUUAACUGGUCCUGAAGGACAAGAAAAAGUAGGACCUGAAGUACCUGAUAUCAAGCAAGCAGAACCAGAGCCUGCACAGGAAGUGGAAAGUCCAACUGUACUACCACAGUCUGAUGUUGUAAAACAAUCUGCUGGUUUACAGCAAUCUGAUGUUGUACAAAAAUCUGAUGAGGUAGAACAGGGUGCCACAGCAGUGUCCAAACCUCCCAUUAUUGAAACUCCAAGAGCAGAAGCCAGAGCUUCAGAUGAGAAUGCCAAGUCCCCGUCCACCAAGCUGGAAGAGGCCUUACAGAACAUCAAUGUUUCAGCCAAGGAGGUCCAGGAUAUCCUGAACGACAUCAAAGACUCUGAGCUGGAGGCCAAGGCCACCUUCCAGCAGAUCCAGCAGUCCGCUGAACGGGCCAAUGAACUCUUCAAACAAGCCAGAGAGAGCCUGGCCGACAUCGGCAACUCCAUCAAGGGGAAUAUGGCUCUGUUUGAUAGCAACCCCAGCUCCAGCGACGACGUGGCUGGACAUUUGAAGACAGCAACCUCUGCUGGUGAGAAGGCAGAAAAUGGCCAUCAGAUGACCUAUUUGGUGAGGCUGACAGCAUCCCUGCAGACCUCACUGUUGAUGUGGUGCUGGCAACAGCUAGACACCAAGAGUACUCUAGAGAAUGAGAAGUUCGUCAUCCUCAUUAAUGACAUUGUCAAAAAUUAUACAUGCAAUGUUGCAGAGAAAGCCAUAGAAUUUUUUGAUGUCUUCAAGGUACUCACAGCUGAGCAAUUGAAAUUAAAGACAGAUGCAGAGCAGCCAUUUUUUCUGUCCAUUAUUUUACGCCAGCUCAUGUUGCUACUGACAACACUUGUGGACAAGCUAAAUACCCAAACCAAAGUGAAAAUUCUUGAAAACUUCAAGAAACUUGCUGUAGCUGUCAGUGACAUAGCUAGGGCCAACCCAGAACUCUUCUGUGAUAUUUCCUCUGACUGCUGGAAGGAAGUGGAUACUGAAGAAACUGUGUUGAGAACAUGGGAGGUGGAGUCCCCUCACGACUAUCUCAACCAUUCAAAUAUUGUACAGACAUUUCAUUGUCCUGGUGCCUCAAAAUUAGUGGUUGAAUUUGAUCCCCGAUGUGAGACAGAAAGAAGGUAUGAUUACCUGGAGUUUACAGACGCCAAGGGUUUGAAACUUAGGUUUGACCAGAAGGUUGGCUCCACCAAGUGGCCCAAAAAAGUCACCUUCAGUGGCCCGUAUGUUGGCUUCUUGUUUCAUAGUGACAGCAGCAACACUGAGUGGGGCUACAAGUUUACUGUUACAGCCAUUGGUACCCCAGACAUCCAGAACUCAUGGCUUACUGACCUGCAGUUAGGUCUCAUUAAGGUCUUAGGUCAGCUGGCUGGAUCAACUUUAAGUUCUAAUCCAAUACUACCACACGAGAACCCCCUCAACUCCGACACAUCAGAGCUGGAUAUUCUGCGCAGUGAUCUGUGGACAUCUUUGUUCAGGGGAGGCUACUGUGUUGGGAAACUUCAGCGCUCACUCUCAGGAAAAUUUGCAGCCAAUGAACAUAACAAGGUGUGUAAUUUUCUUCUAAAUUUGGUGGCUGCAGCAGAGACAAAAGGGCAACCAGCUAGUGGAGUGGAAGAAGGCUUUGGUAAACAAGCUGCCAGAUUUCUUUCAAAGUGCCAGGAAAUAAACAAAGCUAAGAUUGGCAUGACAGUUGGGGGCAGCAAGGUGGACAGUGCCAUUGCUGCCCUGUUGGCUGCUCUUAUCUGGCACUGCCAACAGUUGAGAGAAGACACUGAGAAAUUUUUGAACAAUGGUGACCAAGGGGAGAUAACCGAGGGAAUCAGCCAGGCUUAUAUAACAGCAGAAUCAAUGAGGACAGGUUUGGCACUUGAUAGACAGAAAUGGAAUGCCCAGGAAAAUAAAGGUGACAGUGAUGACCCAGCUGAUGUAUUUGUCUCCAAGGCCCUCUAUCUACUCAAGUUUGCUGGCCUGACUAAAGUUCAACUUAAAAAUGAGAUGCGAACUAAAUAUCACAAACAGUUGUCCAUGAAAAAAGCUGGAAAUAAGCGUCCAUUUGUAAGAAAUGAAAUUUUGGAGAAGUUUCCAUCCUUCAGACUAGUGAUGGAGUUUUUACAAGACCAUGCCUGGACAGCUGAAAGGGUUCACCUCAUGCUACAAGAAAGAACCAGAUUUGCCUCAGCUGUUAGUGAUGUUUACAUGUUUGCUGCUGAAAUACUCAGAAUUUUGUCCAACAUCGACCCAUUUCAGAUUCCUGUCAUCUUGUUUUUCCGUGAGAUGUUUUCCUACCAAGACAAAUUUGCCAAGCAUUACGCAGACGGACUUGAUGGCUGUGGGCUGGAGCAGGAGACUAAAGUCAGGAUGGCCUACUACACCCUGGUCCGCAAGUUUGUGGAGGCAUUCCAACAGUUCCAGGAGCUCCAGCAGGACAAUAAAGUGAUGCCAGCUUAUGAUUUCCUACAGUGCUGUUUACUGCACCUGUUGGAUGUCGAUUGGCAGCCGUAUGACUUGUCUUUUGUUAAAGAGCUUCAGCUGCCCCAGCUCUUCCUAAACAUUGCCAAAGAGUGCUCUGUCUCAUUACCAACAGACACGGUCAAGAUGAGGGACCUGGUGGCCACGGAGAGGGACGAGGAGAAGGAGAUGGAGGACUACGAGCUCUCCAUGAAGUGGUACGAGGAGAUCAACCGCUCGGACAUCAACGAGUGGUUCAGGCAGAAGGAGUCCAGCAAGGAUGAUAAGAAGGUGGUGAAAAUGUUUGUGGCUAGAUUCUCUGACGUCCUGGAUGUGGAGAUCAGCUGUGAUGGGUGUGGUGUGACCUUGCCUGGCCGCAGGUACAGGUGCCUGCAGUGUAUGGACAUGGACCUGUGUACCACAUGUUUCUCUGGUGGGGUGGAGCCGGAGGACCACCGAGACAACCACGACAUUGUCCACCUUGUGUUCAAGUGUAACCACUGCCAGGCGUUUAUAGUUGGGACCAGAAUCCACUGCAACCAGUGUGAUGACUUUGACCUUUGUCUGGGUUGUCACGUCAAGAAACUUUUCCCCCCAGGACACACAGUAGAGCAUGAAUUUGUUAGCAUCCCCAUGGUCAAAUUGAAGACAAGUCAGUCCAGUAACUCAUCCCUCAAGGCCUACAUCCACCAGCAUGUCUGGCUGCUGUACACCUCGCUGACCCUCACCCUCAGCGACAUUGUCUACGGGGUGGACAACGUCUUCAUAGACCUGGACUACAUGAGGAUAGCAGGGGAGCUGCAGCAACAGUGUAUCAUGCAGGCCACAGCAUGCCUGAACCAUGUCAUAGCAGAGGGGGAAGUUGAAGCCAUGAAAGAAAUGCCCCUUGAAAAACGGAGAGAGCAAACAUUUGCUAUACACUCCCAGGAGAGGAUUAUGGGAUUGUUAGGAGCAGUCAUGCCUCACCAUGAACCUAGGGACAAUGUGACUGAUGCUGGCUUUAACUUCUGGACAGAAGAUUUCCUCAGUCAGUUACUGGAGGUUGCUAGGGGAGUUCAAGGCCAUGAACUGAACACAAAACACCUGGCCCUGAGGCUGAUGGGAAGGCUGCUUAUGAACUGUGACCCUAAGACUUGUAUAUCCCAGAUGGCUGACUCAUCCACCCAGAAACUUGUAGGACCUAACACAGCCUACAAGCUGGCCUACCCUGGCCAGCAGACUGUUGCUCAUCUUUUCAACAUUGGAACUAAGGCUUUUGAAAAGAGUGGCUUAGAGUGGGCGUGUUCAGUGGCCAGGAUGCUGGAGAUGUUGUUCAACACGCCACAUUGGAAGUCUGUCAUACAGCAGCACAUUGCCCAGUGUGUACAGAACUUAAAACAUGGUGUCCACAUCUCCUACAUAUUUCCUAUGUUUGUCAUUGCUGGUUUUCCUGAGGUGCUGACCACUGGAACCCUUGUAGACUACAACUGUACGUCCAUUGAAACCCAGAGUGGAGUGGUUCUCAAACAUUUCCCUGACAAGUACCAGGCUCUAAUAGUGGAUCUCAAGUCCAGGAAGAGGCACACAAUCCGAGAUGAGCUGGUCACAUGUCACAAUGAGGUGGCGGACAUCCUAGAGAUGGAUGUUGUAGGAAAGUUUGUCAGCUUUGUCAUCGAAACAGUGGCUAAAAUUAGAGCCAAUGAAACCUUGUCUAUAGAAACCCUGUGGAUUCUCUCCCUUUCCUUGAAAGUUUUGAACCGCUGUUUCAAAAGUGACAAAAUGAUAACGGCAGGUAAAAAGAUAUUCACCAGCAACUUUAUCCAGUCCCUGGUUUACCUGGCAUGUAACGGCACCGGACUCAACCAGAACUGGCUGCUCAAAGACCUGGAGGUUCUCACCCUGAUCUGUUACACCCACGACGGCUCCUCCAUAAAGAAGAACAAGAUCAGCAACCUGAAAGAGAAGAAGAAGAAGACGGAGCAGGCUGCAGGUGCAGACACCAAGAGUGACAGGACAACAGAGGUCCUCAAAGUGGUGGAGGAUGACAACAAGGGCCCGGACGAUGAUGAGGACGAUGAUGAAGAUGACACCCUGUCAGAGACGACCGACAUUGAUGACACGGACGACUCAGACUGGCAGGUGAAGCAGAGUUCUGAUGAUGACAUUGACGUGAACACCCAGUCGGAGGCGACAACCGCAGACAGUGAGUGGGGCUCUCUUAACCUGGACCAGCACACCAAGGACCUCUUAGAGGCUAUCCACACCAACCUUGAGAUCCCCUACCCUGUCUUAAGAGCAUUGUAUGCUAUGAAUGAAGGAAAAGCUGAGGGCAUUGUCAAGUCAAUAGAAGAGAAGUUUAAACGUUUCAGCUUUGGUGAAACCAAUGAGGCAGUCAACACAAUAUUACAAAAAAUGCAAGGUGCUGCUGAUGUGGACAAGAGAGAAUCCACUGCCAAUGAUGAAACUGUGGUGGACACUGGGAUCACAGUCCACUCUUCCAUGGGUCAGACUCACAAGAUCCCAGAGACGGCAGUGAGUGAGACAGGGGACAACCCCCAGAAUCUCUUCAAGCAGCAAGAGUCCCUGGCAGGAGAGAUUGGGGAGAGAAUGCGAGGCAAGAGUUCUCUCCUCCUCAAGAAAGAGUUGGAGAAACAUGGCCGCUCAGGCUCACCAGAAUAUUUUCUCAAAGUCAACAUGGCUAUGUGUGUACUGUACGCCCGCCACACCCUGACAGGACUGUUGGCCUUCUGGCCAGAGAGUGGUCCAGUCAUCAACUCCAGCCUGCUGGGCUGUAAGGACGUCAAGCAGAUCCCCUGUGUCCUUGACCUACUCUACAAGAUUGACACCAGAAACUUCUUCUCCAAGGUGGUUGAUAAGGUGAUCCACAUGUGUGACGCCAACAGCCUGGUGCCCAUAGCCUACACAGCAGCCAAGUUCAUGGAGGAGAUAACUCUGUCAGCCAUCAGCAGAGAGUCCUCACACAACUACACAGAGAAGGACAAGAAAAAAUCCCACAUCCAGCUGCCUGGAGCCCUGUACCUCACCAUUACGUUUGACAGCAGGUGUGCCACACUGGAUGAUGACUCCCUGAUGUUUUCAACCCGAAGAGAAAUGGACAAAGACAUCCACAUCUUCUCAGGGUCAGCCAAUGCGCGCUGGUCAUCUUUUCACCUGCCAGGUGAUACCCUCUACUAUAAGUUCUGUAUUGACGACUACGACCCUGACAUCAGCAACUACUGGGGGUACAAGUUCACCGUGACCCCUGGCACCCGGGACAGUUUUGAGACAGGUCAUGCUAUACUUAAUGCUGUCCUGUCUUCCUCUGUGGCCAAGUCACUCCCCCUGGGUCAGCUGUGGUCAAGCCUGGUCUAUGUGGCCUGCAAACAGCCGGGUGUACAGAGGUUAAAGGCCAUCAGUCUCAUGUUGAAGAUUGUCUCACUGCAGGGCAAGGCUGUGUGUGGGGAGUCCAAGCCAGCGCCAGACAUUGACCUGGCCCUCCUGAAGCCGCUGUGGGAGCUGUACAAGACCAUGACCAGGGACGACAAGGAGCCUGUCAUACAGCCUGCUGUGGUCAGGGCACUGACUGACCUCUUCCUGCACACAGAAAACCUGGCUUCAGAAUGGAACAUGACAGAAAACUACCUUGUAGCAUUGAUGGACAUCAGUGCUAUCUCCCCCAGCAUAUUUCAGGGUUUAACCAACAUCGCUGCCAUCAGUCUUGAGAUAGGUUACGAGAACGUGGCGUCGGAGCUCCUGAAUUGUUUGCAGGCAGCUCUGUUUGACAAGAAGGAGAAGAUGACGUAACACCUGCAGUCACAUGACCUUCAGGUGAAUGCUGUGUCCAGGACCAGGGUCAGCACUAGCUGGACAUCAGAACCAUUGAGACGGGUGUGCAACAAGGUGCCUGCUGUCUGUGGCACCACUUACCUGUGGCGCCAGACACCUGUGGCACCAGACACCUGUGGCACCAGACACCUGUGGCACCAGACACCUGUGGCACCACUCACCUG